ACCAGUUCCCCGUUGAACCGAUGGGGGGAACGGGAGAGUCGGAGUGGCCGCUCCGUGGCUCGCUCCCUCUGUGCGUAAGAUCCGGCCUGGGGGAAAGGGAUGAAUGUUAAUUUCAAAGAUGGCGGCGGAGGGAGGAGGGAAGGAGAUGAACGAAAUUAAAACUCAGUUCACAACUCGGGAAGGCGUCUACAAACUCCUCACUCACUCCGAAUACAGCCGUCCUAACAGGGUGCCUUUCAACUCGCAGGGUUCCAACCCCGUCAAGGUCUCCUUCGUGAACGUCAACGACCAGUCGGGCAACGGCGACAGGAUCUGUUUCAAUGUGGGCCGUGAGCUCUACUUCUACAUCUACAAAGGCGUUAGAAAGGUAAUGUCAGCGGAAUCCGUGAGAGCGCAAGAUAGGAACCCCCGCUGGUCUCUGAGCUGUUGAUAAACUUUCAGCUUGUGUUCAGUAACUCUGCUCGGUGCUUGACUUUGAAAUUAGCUGCUAGCUAGUUAGCUUGGAGCUGAAGCUAGCCUGUAGUUAGCUAGCCAACGAAAGUGGCUAACGUUAGCAAACCAGUAGCCACUUGGAGGCCAGGGGCUAAACUCCGUCCCCCCGGUCUGUCUCUCUUCUCAAGCGUUUCUCCACUUCUGUAGAGAUCACAGGACGACCACUGAGGUUUAAUUUGCUUUUGAUUCCGUGUGAGUUGUCAGGGUUGACAUUGCUGGUGUAAUGGUUGUUUUGGUUUGUGAGGACAGUGACAGCCCCUGUGUUGCUGACCAGAGCACCUGUCAUUGCUUUUGACUGGCAGCUUUUAAACAGUCUCAUUUAAUGUCAUCCUACUCUGUCAGAUUUUUAUUUGGUUCCCAAGCCAGCCAUCUUCUCCCUUUGGUGAGUUUGGGAUGUGUCAGAAGUACACACCUACAAACUGAUCAAAGUACACCAAACAAGAUGAUAUUAGCAUUCAGAUCGAUUAUCCAACACAUACAUUAUCAAGUAUUAAGUAUACAUUACAAGUUUAAAGCCAAAGUUUGUUUACAUAAAAAAAAAAUGAAGCAACAUGAAGUUGUUAAACUGCCUUUGCAGUACAGUUUGACAGCAGCUACACAACUUCUAACGGGAAGUAGUCCUGUUUUAUUGCCUGUAUAACAUAUGCUUGUUGUGUGUGUAAUCACAUACAUUUUUUUUCCAACAAAUAUUUUUGCUUUCGGUUAAACCAUCUAUUAGUACGAAAAUUCCCUGAAUUGAAGUGUUUAUCUUGAAGAGACCAAUAAAAGAAAAACUCUGGUGCAACAGUAAUUCUAUUCUUGUCAAUCUGGCAAUGUAACUUGGACUGAAAACAUGACAUGUCUAGAUAUAAAACCAGAAGAAAAUAACUCAUAAUAACAGUUGUAAAAAAAAAAAAAAAUUGUAGGUCUGUGUUUCAAUAAGUUAUCAUGAGAAAAUAAGCAGAAAAUGCCAAUCUUAGUAGAGCACACAUGUAAAGGAACUGGCUGUUAAAGUCCUCUGUAGCAUUAAGUAGUAGCAGGCGAAUGAAUACUGUAAAAAAUCAAAAAUAGUGUGAUUGUCCUUUUGAAUUCAACUCUCCUUUUGUGCAGAGGCCCAGGAGGAUUGUUUUAUUUCCUAUAAGUAUUCGCCACUACUGUUUUCAAACAUAGUCUUCCCUUUGCAGCAAAUCAUAUAUAAUAAUUUGCUCAUGAAGUUAUUCACGAAUGACAGAUGGCAUAAAACCUGUGUUAAGGGCAUGAUUUUUUAGUAGAUCUUGUUUUAAGACAUGUUUUUGUCUCUGAGGUGAGAUAGAAACACCUAAUGUAACAUCUGACACCCAAAGGAACAACUGAGUCAUCAUCUUGCACUCAGUGAAUUUUCCAUCCCACAAGUUGUGUAAACUGUAAAUCAGUAACAAAUGGAUAUGUUGUUGUUCUGGUUAUCUGCAGUAUAUGCUCCAGGUGUCCUUUUCAUGGCAAUAAAAUAAUGUUGCUUUCACAUUCAAAGCAAAACGUACAUCUAACAGUACCACGACUAGCAUGUACCCAUCUGCAGGCAAAAGACAAACCUGUAUAUUUGAGUUCUUCCUCAUUUUUGCCUGGGGAAUGUCAGCUAUUUGUUGUGCGUCUUAAGGCCACAUGAACUGUGUCGAGUUGAGAUGUCACCUCAUGUGCACUUUGGUGCCGUGACACAAAAUUAAAAUCUCAGCUUUGACCAGUAAAGUUGUCCCCAGUCAGUGACAUUAAUGAAUAUUAUUUUUAAGUGGACUUGAAGCCUAGAAAAAGCAGUAGCCUUUCUUUCUUACUGCACUCACUUCAUGUUUGUUCAUGGCCUCUCUCUUCAGGCUGCUGACCUGAGCAAGCCCAUAGACAAACGCAUCUACAAGGGAACGCAGCCCACCUGUCAUGACUUCAACCACCUCACAGCUACAGCAGAGAGUGUGUCCUUGCUAGUGGGGUUUUCAGCGGGACAGGUACAGCUCAUUGACCCCAUCAAGAAGGAGACUAGCAAGCUCUUCAAUGAGGAGGUAUGAGUUUUUUUUCCCCUUUUUUCAGAAAUUGCAACAAUUUGGUUUAUGUUGAGCUUUCUUGACAGACGAACAUCUGAUGAAAGUACUGUCAUACCGCCACAUGGAAACGUCAAUUUUUUAAGGCUAGAAAAACAGUUUCAGAGCGUCUCCUUUGCUGUAAUAUGUAUUUGAGUGUGACUUUGCUCAAAACUUCACGAUUGUCUUGUGUAGAAGGAUUUAAGUAACCAAAUGAACAAAUGUGUAUGAUGUUCAAAGUAUCUUCAAAACAUUUUUUUUGUACUUUUUGGAACUGUUUUGUGUUUUCCUCACCUCCAAAGUAUAAGGUAUUCUUUGUAAAAAUGUAAGACUUUGAGCUUGUUCAGAAUAUUGAUUUUUUGAUUAAACUGUACUGACCUCAUUUUUCUGCCUCUCCCCUUCUUUGUCUGCUCUACUUCCUCCUUCCCCACCUGACCUGGUGUGCCUCUCAAUUCUCAACAACCCUCCCAACCGCCAGAGACUAAUAGACAAGUCCAGAGUGACGUGUGUGAAAUGGGUACCAGGCUCUGAGAGCCUGUUUCUGGUCUCUCAUGCCAGUGGCAAUAUGUACCUGUACAAUGUGGAGCACACCUGUGGCACCACGGCACCUCACUACCAGCUGCUUAAACAGGGAGAGAAUUACUCUGUUCACACCUGUAAGAGUAAAUCCACGAGGAAUCCCCUCCUCAAAUGGACAGUGGGGGAAGGAGCUUUGAAUGAGUUUGCCUUCUCUCCUGAUGGGAAGUUCUUAGCCUGUGUUAGCCAAGAUGGAUUCCUACGAGUCUUCAACUUUGAUGCGGUUGAGCUUCAUGGCACCAUGAAGAGCUACUUUGGCGGCUUGUUGUGUGUGUGCUGGAGCCCCGAUGGAAAGUACAUAGUUGCAGGUGGAGAGGACGAUCUAGUGACUGUGUGGUCAUUCUUGGACUGCAGAGUCAUUGCCCGAGGUCACGGGCACAAGUCAUGGGUGAGUGUGGUGGCAUUUGACCAUUACACCACCAGUGUGGAGGAGAGUGACCCAAUGGAGUUCAGUGGCAGCGAUGAGGACUUCCAGGAUCAGAUGAUUCACUUUGGACGAGAUAGGGCAAACAGUACGCAGUCUCGGCUUUCAAAACGCAACUCCACGGACAGCCGGCCUGUUAGUGUUACGUACCGGUUCGGCUCAGUGGGCCAGGACACACAGCUGUGCCUAUGGGACCUCACUGAGGACAUCCUUUUUCCCCAUCUUCCGCUUUCACGGACACGAACACAUACUAAUGUGAUGAAUGCUACCAGCCCCCCGGCUGGUGCUACAAUAAUCACUAACACCUCUAGUAACACUACUAAUGGAAACAACAGCGGUGCCAAUACUCCCGGCAUAAAUUCCCUCGCUACUACAUUACCACGCUCCAACAGCCUUCCCCACUCAGCAGCCACCACAGCAACAGCAAACAAUACCAACAAGGCUAGCAGUGGAGGUGGCAUCGGCAGUGGUAUUAUGGACAGUGCCAUUGCUACAGGUGUGAGUAAGUUCGCCACACUGUCACUCCAUGACCGGAAGGAGCGCCACCACGAGAAGGACCACAAACGCAACCAUAGCAUGGGGCACAUCAGUAGCAAAAGCAGCGACAAGCUCAACUUGCUGACAAAAACCAAAACGGACCCUGCUAAGACUCUGGGCACUCUGCUGUGCCCGCGCAUGGAGGAUGUGCCCCUCCUCGAGCCCCUCAUCUGUAAAAAGAUAGCACACGAGAGACUGACUGUACUCAUAUUUUUAGAGGACUGUUUAGUGACUGCUUGUCAGGAGGGAUUUAUUUGCACAUGGGCGAGGCCAGGCAAAGUGGUAAGUUCUUUUUAAUGUAGGAAAUGUGAGGAGAAUUCAAAUGAUUAUAUGGUCAUUUUUUUAGCUGUCCUUAAUGAGCUGGUGUCCUGUAACUAAAAACAAAGAUAUAUUCUUGAAAAAAAUACAUAUAUAAAUAUAUACUGUGGGAAAGCAUUUGUAGCUUUUGUAGUUGAGGUUGUCACUCUGCAGGCAGGCAAGAAACAUAUCAGACAUUGUUUUAUGUACAACUGCUUUCCAAUAAAAGGCCUGUACUGCUUAAGUCUCAAGUAUAACCAGUGCUAUAAAAAUGUGACAGUUUGGUUAUAUUAUAAUUUCUGGUAUGGAGCAUUUCCUGUGUAGAUCUGUGAGGGGAAAUAAGACAUUAAUCCAUACGAAGUGUGUUCAUCGGUUCAUCGUUAUCAUUCCACAAUGCAUAGCAGCCCAGCCAAGAAGUCACUUGCAUACACUCAUUUCUCAGUUUUUAUGCAAAUGGCUCUGUAUCCGCCUGAAGAAUGUCUGCAGUGUCUCACAUGCUUAGAGGUCAAUAUGUGAAUCCACCCUUGUCUACUUCCCUUCUGUCUGUGUUUUGAGAGAUUUUGCCAGAAUGAGGCACAUGAUAGUCUAGUUUUUCAUCAUGCAGGGAGUUUGAAGGUUUGUACCACCCAGAGUUAGACUUUGCAGAAACUUGACUGUUUUCUUCGAUUAUCUUCCUUUUGUAAAAGUAAUUACCCAAACAAUGCCAUAGGAGCACACGUUUGCCUUUUAAAAAUCCUGAAUAAGCAACUUGAUGCAAAUUUGAAGGUGCUGGGGUCGGUUCAGUCUAAGUGAGAUGCUCAAGCCAACCCGAUUUUUACAGUUAAAAGACAAGUGUGUAAGAGCUCUAGUGUUAUUUUAACGAUGAUAGUAAACUGUUUGCAAAGCUUUGGCGUACAAAAGCCUUAGAAGUCAGAACAAGAUGUUAACAAAGCUUUUAGAGAAACAGUUUGCCUAUGUGUUUACCCAGUGCCUUGAUCGAGCAAACCUCUCAAAUACACCUCUAGUGUAACACUGUACACUUCUCAUCCACUUGGACUACUGCUGCGCAGGCUUUUAAUUAAGUGCAGGGGACCGCGACAUGGAAAGAAGAAGCUAGAGGCUAAUUCUUAAUGAGCUAUUUGUUGCUUGACUUUUUUUUUGCCACAGUUUGUGAACUUUCCCAAUGCAAAUCUCCUUGUUUUCCUUUUUCCAGGGUUUAUUGUCAUCCCAAAACCAAGCCAGCUCUCCCAGUGGAACAGUAGUAUAGCCACAAUAUUUCUGCUGCUAAAGAACCCUGCAACCCAGAGUCUGAUGCUGCUCUUCACCCUGCAAGCAUUGCAAGUUUUCCUUUUCUUUUACACCCCUCCCCUCCCUCCUCCCUGAUUUUUGUUGAUGGCUUUUCUGUUUUUCGUUUAUAUCACUCACUUGACCUAGAGGAGGAAAGAAGCAAGAAAAGGUGCGGUGCAAUUGUGGACUAAUAUGCUGUUAUGUUCUCUGGAGUUUUAACACAUUUUAGUUUGUUUUUAAAAGAGUCUUUCUGUCGUGUCAGGUCUCCUCAGACUGUUGUCCCCUCUGGAAAUUAAGCUUGGCUUUGUAAGAUGCAAACCAGAAAAUUAUGGCUUGAGAUUAAAGGGAUAGUGCAUUCAAUUUUCAGAGUCAAAUGGCUAAGGGUAACUGACUGAAGGUGGAAUUUUGAGUGCACUAUUCUUUUAUAACCAAGUGCGUUAGCAUCUGAAAAUUUUGCAUCCAUCCACAUUAACUCACCACCUCUGUCUUUUCUUAAGUAGACUCCCCAUCUCAACGACUUUGCACUGAUUAAGUUAGUUCUAAUGUUUGUUUUUAUAACCUCUCUAAUGGAACAAAAAAAAAAAAAAGAAAAAAAAAGCAAGGGUUGAGGACUGCCUUGUUGCACUCGGCUUUAACAUCCUCAGUCUUGAAAUCUGAAUCUAUUAAGCUGGAUGCUGCAAUCAUAGUCUUUUAAAGAAAAAAAAUGUUUGCACUUAAAUUAGUUUAUUAGAAGAAAAUGGCUUUACAUUUUUGGGUGUGCUCAGAACUCACAGAUGGCUAAUACAGUAGGUGAAGGAAAUGAUAAAAACUAUUAAAACCUUUAUCUAUUGAGCAUUUAUUUUAAUAUUAUUUCAGAUUCAAAUCUGCUCUGUAUCAUAAUGUGUAUAUUGUAAUUAAUUGAUUUAAUGGGGGCCUAAGCAAACUACCAUUACUCCAGUGGAAGUUUUGUCAUUGAUAGUUAUAUUUCUAAAGCCUAAAGUAUACAUAUUAAUAAUAUUAAAAUAAUCUUGAAUACA